AUGCAGAUUAAACACUUUUCUAUCCAUGAACAUCAAAGUAUGCAACUACUAGAUCAACAUGGCAUUCGUACGCCUCAAAGUCGAGUAGCUACAACGCCAAUUCAAGUUCAUGAAGUAGCAUCCACGUUAGGCAGCAAAGAUGUUGUUGUAAAAGCACAAGUCUUGGCUGGUGGAAGAGGUAAAGGCCUCUUUGAGUCCGGUUUAAAAGGAGGUGUGAAAAUUGCCUACUCACCUGAUGAGGCUAAAACUAUUGCAGCUAAUAUGCUUGGUCACAAAUUAAUCACGAAGCAGACAGGAGGGGCUGGGGUGCUAUGUAACAAGGUAAUGGUGUCGGAACGUUUAUAUCCUCGACGUGAGUACUAUUUUGCCAUUACUAUGGACCCAACAUCGAUGGGCCCUAUUAUUAUUGCCAGUAAUCAAGGAGGUGUAGAUAUAGAGACAGUUGCAGCCGAAACACCUGAGGCAAUUAUUAAGCAACCUAUUGAUAUUAUCGAAGGCCUAAAUCGGGACACCGCAUUAUCUAUAGCACGUAAAGUAGGCUUUGGUCCGGAAUAUAUCGAUCAGGCGACUGAUAUCAUUCAAAAGUUAUAUAGCGUAUUUAUUGAGAAUGAUGCGCUGAUGGUGGAAAUUAAUCCAAUGACCGAAGAUAGCAAUGGAAAUGUAUAUUGCAUGGAUGCCAAAGUAAAGCUAGAUACGAGUGCGCUAUUUCGUCACAAAAAUUUAGCUGAAUUGCGCGAUUGGAGUCAAGAGGAUCCUCGUGAUGUCGCAGCUUCCAAAGCAGAUCUCAAUUAUAUAGGAUUAGAUGGAUCUAUCGGUUGCUUGGUUAAUGGCGCUGGUUUAGCAAUGUCUACUAUGGACAUAAUCAAACUACAUGGAGGUUUACCUGCCAACUUUCUAGAUGUGGGUGGCGGUGCUACAGCUGAUCAAGUUACUCAAGCAUUUCAGAUUAUUAGUAGCGAUCAGCACGUCAAUGCUGUUUUAGUUAACAUAUUUGGUGGUAUAAUGCGUUGUGAUGUUAUUGCAAAAGGCAUUGUUGCUGCCGCUGAUCAAUUGAAACUUAAAAUUCCCAUAAUUGUACGAUUGCAAGGAACUCGUGUAGAAGAUGCCAAGGCCGUUAUUGGUGCUAGCAAAUUUCAUAUAUUAUCCUGUGAUGAUCUUGAUGAAGCAGCUAAGCUGGCUGUCAAAGUAGCUAGCAUUGUGAGCCUAGCAAAAGAAGCUUCCGUUGAGGUUGAUUUCACUUUACCGAUUUAA